AUGACAAUAAUUAAAAUCGCAAGAAAAUUGAAACGUGCCGUUGUGAAGCUACAAUGUAACAGCACAAAGUACAAGUUUGUUCAAACACAUAAGACUGAUAAGAAUGGUUAUUUCUUCAUUGAAGGCCCAAAGAGUAUCAAAACCUAUGCACCUCAUAAGUGUAAUGUUGUUUUGGUUAGUGCUCCAAAUGGGCUGAAGCCUUCAAAUCUUAAUGGUGGGCUUACUGGUGCUGCUCUUAGGUCCGGGAAACCUUAUGUGUCUAAGGGUCUUCAUUUCACUAUUUACACUGUUGGGCCUCUUGCAUUUGAGCCCAAAUGUCCUCGUUAA